AUGACCCGCUGGGCCCUUCUCGCUCCCCUCCUGCUGGGCCUGUUCAUCCACAGCACUGUCAGUCAGGACGCCGAGGACCCAGCACCCCCGGGCCAGGCCUCUGAUGGCACAGAGGCGGAGGAGGAGAACGGGGAUUGGGGAUUAAACUCCCUCAGAGGCAGCUUCGAGUCAGUCGGCGGAUACUUUGACUCUAUGCUGGAGUUCAUGGGCGGACGUGAUGGAGUGUGCCAAUACCGCUGUCGAUACGGUAAAGCUCCUCUUCCUCGUCCCGGCUACCAGAUGCCAGAACCUGAUGGAUGCAGCUCCUACUUCUUUGGUCUUCCUGUUCCAGAUGGGAUGGACAUGGGCAUCCCCGCCAUGACCAAGUGCUGCAAUCAGCUGGAUAUGUGUUACGACACCUGCGGCUCCAACAAGUACCGCUGCGACUCCAAGUUCCGCUGGUGUCUCCACAGCAUCUGUUCUGACCUCAAGAAGAGCCUCGGCUUUGUGUCAAAAGUCGAAGCAUGUGAAACAGUAGCAGACACCUUCUUCAACACAGUGUGGACCCUGGGCUGCAGACCCUACAUGAACAGCCAGAGAGCAGCAUGCUACUGCCAAGGAGAGGAGAAAGAUGAGCUUUAG